UUUCGGCUUCUACGCCCCAGUUGGGAGGAAGGCGGGCCUGGCCGCGUCUCCGUGGCGACGACGGACGCGGUGCAGGCAGCUGGUACCUACCGACUAGAAAGGCUCAGGCGGCAGCCGGGAUCCAGACUGGGGCGGGAUCAUGUCGGACCUGGGCUCGGAAGAGUUGGAGGAGGAGGGAGAGAAAUAUCUUGGGGAAUACGAAGGGGAGCGGAACGAGGCCGGUGAGCGGCAUGGUCAUGGGAAAGCGAGACUGCCCAAUGGGGACACGUAUGAAGGGAAAUACGAACAUGGUAAAAGGCACGGCCAGGGGACCUACAAAUUUAAAAGUGGUGCACGGUACAUUGGAGAAUAUGUUAAAAAUAAAAAACACGGUCGAGGCACUUUUAUCUAUCCAGACGGAUCAAGAUAUGAAGGGGAGUGGGCGGACGACCUGAGGCAUGGCCACGGCGUGUACUGCUACAUCAACAAUGACAGCUACACCGGGGAGUGGUUUGCUCACCAAAGGCACGGGCAAGGCACCUACUUCUACGCGGAGACGGGCAGCAAGUACGUGGGUACCUGGGUGAACGGCCAGCAGAAGGGCACGGCCGAGCUCAUCCACCUGAACCACAGGUACCAGGGCAAGUUCUUGAACAAAAAUCCCGUUGGCCCUGGAAAAUACGUGUUUGAUAUUGGCUGUGAACAGCACGGGGAAUAUCGCUUAACAGAUGUGGAAAGAGGAGAAGAGGAUGAGGAGGAGACACUGGUAACUGUCGUUCCAAAAUGGAAAGUGACCAAAAUCACAGAAUUGGCCUUGUGGACCCCGCCCCGCCCCCAGGAGCAGCCAGCUGCGGAUGGACCAAGCCAGGGCGAGGCCCCAGGAGCUGAGGGCGGGGGAGAGCCGGCGGAGGAGGUCCAGCCUCUGACCGAUGACAUGUCAGAGGGGGAAUUAGAUUCAGUGCAUCCUGGAGAGGAGGAGGGAGAUGCCAGCAGGGAGGACGGAGAGGAAUUCCCCUACGACAGCUUAGACCAGGGAAACGUUAGUUUUGAAGAAGAGGAAGCCAGACAGCCAGAGCUGCUGGAUUAAGAUGAAGCAAAAGCCCGAGUGGUAGGAGGUUGAGUCUUAAAGAUGCGUCUGUUACCAGGGUAGUUAUUACUCAUCUAUCACUAAUCUUUCUUACUUAAUUGUUUGUUAAGAUGUUUUACAAUUGCAAAUAAAUUUCUUCAUUAUCCUUUGUUUAUGAAA